ACCAAGAUGGCUCCAAACAUCUCCAUAGGACAGCAGAAGCUAGUUAUCUUAGAGGAAGAGGAAAUUCUCCAGUAUGUCCACCCAUCGCUUCUAAAAGUGGACUAUGCAAGCAGAAAAGUGCAGGGUGUUAUUAUUAUUGGAACAUUUAUCAUUGUUUUGGCCCUCUUUUUUGGGUCCAUGUUGUUCUGCAAUAUGUUCUCAGCCUUUCGCUCGCUAGUGUCCAAACAAAAAGUGUUUAUGAGCCUGGCCAUAGUGCGGGCUGUGUACGGUGUGUUUUGUAUCGUAAUAGGAUGUUAUUUUAUUUUUAAAACAACAUCUCUGGAUAGGGAUAUUGUGUUUGGGAAGAAUGCUACCAGCACUGUUGCUAUGUGUGUGACUGUAGGGUUUUUUUUGUUUGAGCUUUCCGCUGUGGUUUUGUCCGACCUGGUGUAUAAAACAUUUUCCAAAAUGUUGAUAAUGCAUCACAGCUUAGCUCUUAUUGCCUUCACCCUAGCUGUAGUUUACGAAUCAAAUUAUGCUAUUGGCUGUAAAGGUUUGAUUCUUGAAAUGAGCACCCCAUUUUCAUGUAUAUGCUACUUACUUCUUAAAGCGGGUAUGGAAAGCAGUAAACUAUGGACUAUAAAUCAGUGUGUCCUCAUACACACCUUCCACCUUCGGAGCGUGGUUGAGUGCCACCUAUGGUACGUCGGUUACCAAAACUGGACGGAAAUCUAUGCCCGUAUGCCCCUCCCUAUUUUUGUGAUGAUGUACACUAACCUGACCCUGGCUACCUUUAUCAUGACCCCGUACUGGGGCUACAGAAAAACGCAGCAGCUCUUCAACCCCGUAGAUUGGAACUUUCAGGAAUCCAGAAACACCGACAGCAUCUCAAAUGGCAGUGUUAAGAAAGAUGACUGAAUCAUUUUCUUCAACUCACAAACCUCCAUACACAUCUGAUUGUGAAUAAAUCUAUUCCAUAUGCAUUAUAAAUACUCAGUUG